UUUUUUAUAUAUUUGUCUUCCAUACGAAGCCUAAUCAGCCGGUAAUUUUGCACUAUCCACACCACCUCCAUUUUAGGGCAGAUUACGCAGAGAUAUUGAAAGAGAGAACUCAUAGUCCCACCGCCACAGCCAUUGAAGCAGUCCUCCACUCUUCAGGUGUUUCAAAGGUUUCCCUAAAUCUUUAAUAUGGAUCGACAAGCUCAUGAUUAUGCCACAGCUAUGGCAUUUGUUCAGCAGCAGCAGCAGCAGCAAACAACUAAUAUUCAACAGCAGCAACAAUUUGGUUUUCAUCAACAGUUCCCUCCAUCAGUACACGGUCCUCCUUUUCUUCCACCACAUCCCUCUCUCCAACAGUAUCCUUUCCCUCGCCACAUGCAACAACCACAUCAACUCCAUCCUCAUCCUCCACCACAUCCUCACCUUCUUCAUCUUCAGCAGCAACAACAGCCUCCACCUGUAUUUCCUCCACAUAUGGCCCCUCAUCUUGUUCCUUCACCUUUCAUUGGUCCAUAUGAUUCUCCACCACACCCUGCAGCUCCACCAUCUGAUCCUGAACUCCAAAAGCGAAUCGAUAAACUUGUUGAGUAUGCUGCCAAAAAUGGCCCUGAAUUUGAAGCCAUGAUUCGUGAAAAACAGCAAGACAAUCCUGAUUAUAGCUUUCUAUUUGGUGGUGAGGGCCAUAAUUACUACCGGUACAAGCUUUGGUUAUCUACACAUGGCCCGGGUGGCCCCUUCAACCCACCUUUCCCAUCCUCUUCUAUGCCUAUGAUGCGUCCUCCAAAUCCUAUGAUGAACCAGUCAUCGUUAAAUGCUCCUCCGUUGGGUGGUCCUCAAAUGCACCAACCUCCUUUUACACCACCGUUUUAUGAGCAACAACAGCACCAUCAACAUUCUCAGCCUUUUGUUGGUCAUGGACGACCAGAUUAUGAUCACUCUUCCAGGUCAUUCAAAGGUCUCUCUGGACCUCUGCCUUCAGAUGUUGCGAUGGAGAUGAACAAUGUGCUUAACAAUCUCACUGGAACCAAAGAGUCAAUCAAAGGUGCCAAGAUUUGGUUUAUGCAGAGGUCUCCAUUUGCACCAGCUCUGGCCGAGGCACUUAGGGACAGGGUGUUUGGUGUGGAUGAUUCUGAGAGACAAUUGCAUAUAAUUUACCUUGCCAAUGACAUUCUAUUUGACAGCUUGCAGCGUAGGAUCAACCCUCAUGAACUUGAUAACGAGGCACUUGCAUUUAAGCCUGUUUUAGGUUCCAUGCUUGCCAGGAUUUACCACAACCCUCAAAACAAGGAGGAAAAUCAAUCACGAUUGCAGAAAAUCUUACAGUUCUGGGCUUCCAAGGAAGUCUAUGAUCAUGUCACUAUUCAUGCGCUUGAGAAUGAGAUGAUUGGUGGACCACCAACGAAUUUCUUUCCAAAGGAAUUAUCUGCUGCUUCAACUGAUCCCUCAACUGCAGGAUUGCCGCAACUGGCAACAAAUCAUAAUGCCCUACAGUGGCAGCUUGAUAAGCAAGGUUCGGUGCCAAUAUUGACUGAUAAAGACUAUCCUGAUAAAUUAGUUCCUUCUAUACCAGCCAUGCCAUCAUCCCUAGCAACCCAGCCGUUUCUUCCCAAUUCAGUCCCUACCGGUCCUUUUACCGGGUCCAUACCCAUACAGUCUUCUCUUCUACCUGCAAAUCAACAGACUGCACCCCAUCUAUUGCCACCAUCAAUUAGCAACACAGGUGAAAAAUUACCCCCGUACCCUUUAUUUCCACCUGGUCUUAUUCCUGGAAUGGUCAGAAAGAUGCAAAUCGGCAGUGGGGUACCUUACUCUCCCAUGAGCCCUCUCGAUAUCCCAACUGUGAUCCCGCCUUCCAAUGUAUCUCCUUCUGAAAUUCUUAAUAGUGUGUCGAAGUUUUUCAAAGAGAUCGGAGAGGUUAACCCUUCUGAGGGACCCAUGAAUGGGUCUGACUCAAAAGAUGACGACGAGGAGUACGAACGAGAUUCGCCGGUUCGCAAAGGUGGAGCUUGCAUUCCUCCACCCCCAAAUCUACAGGUGGAUCCGGAGACGGGGACUUAUGCUGAUGGAAGUGUAGAAAGGAAACCUGGGUCGAGUAGCUCGGGACGGUUGGGACUAGGUGCCGCCCCUAAUCCAAAUGAGGCGAGUCAAUAUGAUGAUGUUUAUUCUUCUUAUAGGAAACAGAGAAGCUCCAAUUACCAUACAUCUAUGAGUGCAAGAGCAGCUACUGCAAGGUGAAAAAGCCGAUUUGUUGCAACUCUAAUUGUAGUGGGGCCUGAAAACUGGAGGGUACUGUUCAUGUUCAUUCUUGUUUUUCGUUUCUCCCCCACCUCCCCCUUUGUUCCCCUGUUUCUGUGCUCGGAGUUGGAAAUACCUUUUACUUUUUUAAUGCUAGGAGCAUUUGGCAUUAUUGAUUUUAGGGCCUUGUGAUUUUGGUUGAUAUGAAUGUUCUAGUGUUAAUGCAUGGAAAGGGUACACUUGCUUUUGUC